AUGAAUAGUAAUAAUAUCACAACUACUACUACUACAUUACAGUCUUCAUCAUUGAUAGAUUCAAAUAUAAUUUCAAUCAAUCAUGAUGACUAUAGUACAACGACUACAACGACAUCAAAACAAGAUUGUUAUUAUAAUAAUGUAAAAUGGUCACCUGAUGGUUGUUGUUUAUUAUCAUCAAGAGAGAAUAAAUCGGUUCAACUGUUUGAAUUAACACAAGAAGAAUCAAAAUUAAAGUUAAUUAAAAAUAUACAAUAUCAUGAUAUUGUUUAUGAUAUGAGUUGGUAUCCACAUAUGAACUCUGGUAACCCUGAAACAUGUUAUUUUGCAGUAUCGGGUAAACAUCAAUCGAUUGGACUAUACGAUGCAUUUGUUGGAAACAAGUUGUGUGGUUAUACACCUUGGACAGAUGUCGAUGACAUAGAAUCGGCCAUCUCUAUCGACUUUAACAACAAUGCCGAUAAACUAUACUCGUUGUGCGACAAGUCAAUCAAGAUAUUUAAAGUGUCUAGACCUGGAAACAAAUUUGAAACAAUACGAACCUAUGACAGGAAGGCAAAUGAAGGUAUUCCAGGCAGACCCAGUCAAAUUGCAUUUGAUCGAUCAAAUGUAUCUGGUUUUUAUGCAGUAUCUACAUUUGAUGGUUAUAUUGGUUUAUUCGAUCAAUCAAAUGAUACAAUGGUCGACAUCCUUCCUCAACCUACCAAUUUCACAAAACCAAGAGGUAUUACUCAAUUAUCAUUUAGUAAAGAUGGUUAUUAUUUAUUUGCUGGAUAUAGAAAAUCAAAUUAUAUUAUUGGUUGGGAUAUAAGAAAUACAGAAGCUCAACAAAUAUUUAGUUUUGAAAGAUUAGGUGAUACAAAUCAAAGAUUACAUUUUGAUUUGGAUCCAACUGGAAAAUACCUCUCAACUGGUUCACAAAAUGGUCUACUACAUUUAUUCCCUUUAUCAACAACAAAUAAUAAUAAUAACGAUAAUCAUAAUGAUAUGGAAAUUGACAAAUUAUCAACUUUACCAUCUUCUACAACAAUACAAGAUAAUAAUAAUGAAACUACCAUGAAAAAUGAUGAUGAAAUACAAGAACCUAAACCUGAAAAUGAUAAUAAUACGAUUAAUCAAAAUGAUCAACCAAUCAUAUUAGACUCUCCUCUUCUUCUUCCUAUUUCAAUUCAAGUCUCCAAUCAAUGUAUCAAUUCAGUUAGAUUUAAUCCAUUACAUCCAACAUUGAUGGCAUUAACAUUUGGUGAAAGGAAUUUUGAUUUACCAAAUGAAGAAGAUGAAGAAGAAGAAGAAAAAGAAGAAGUCCAACAAAAAGUUAAAGAAGAAUCUUUUAAAAAUUCUAUAAUCAUUAUAAAUCCAUUUAAAAAAUUGUAA